AAGCGAGCAACGGCCGCAUGGUCAGCGUCCCAUGCAAUGGAAGACGAUGAAGCAGCUGCUGUGGACUGGGAUGUAAAGUCCAAGCGCAGCGCGAACAAUGCGGCAGACGUCGUCCGGUGGAUCGAAGCCAUUGUGGGCAGCCAGAAAGAUGAAGACGUCACCGUGGGCGAGUGGCUCAAAUCAGGUGUCGUCCUGUGCAAUCUGGUCAAUGCAAUCCGACCAGGGCUUAUCAGGACUGUCAACCAACAGACUGUGCCCUUCAAGCAGAUGGAGAAUAUCACCAAGUUCCUCAAUGCAGCCAGGGAGUUGGGGCUUCCCGAGAGCUCCAUGUUCGAUACUCCGGACUUGUAUGAGGAGAAGAACUUAGAUUCGGUGAUCACCUGCAUCUACGCCUUGGGUGGAGCGGUGCAGACCAUGUGCCCUGACUUUGGCGGGCCCAAGCUGGGCAUCCCACUGAUCGCCAAGGGCAAGGAUGCUGCAAAGCCAAAGAGCAAGACAGCGCCGCAUUUGCUGCACUUGGAUCCCGAGCAGGUCGCCUCCAUGCGCGCAGAGUUUGAGAUCCUGAAGGAGGGCCACGGCAGGCUGGAAGAGGAGAAUGCCCUGCUGCGAAAGAAAUGCGAGGUGGACAUCCCCCACUGGGCCUCGCAAGUGCGGCAGUGUGGCCUGGACUUGGAGGAGGCGGCGCGGCCCAUCGUCUCCGUGCCCUUGGGCCAGCGGCUCUUGGACCUGGUCCAGGUACUGCAGGACACUGAGGAGGGCCUUCGGGGGCUGCGCGGCGCGCCACUGCGAGAGGAGCUUGAGGAGCUGAGGCGCGCCUUUGCCCGGCACUUGGAGGAAGGAGAGCAGCGUGAGGCGGCCUUGCAGCAAGAGCUCGAGAUGCUACGCAAGAUGGUGCCUGAGUCGCCGAAUUCGGUGCUUUGAGCAUGACACGAAUGGCCAGUAGCCUGGCUUUUUUCGGCAUUGUUGAA